GUUUUAAACAGGAUGCUGAAUUACUAUAAAUCAGACACAUUUGCAGCACAAACUUAAGACAGUCCCAAAAGACAAACGGAAGACGAACACGUCUGUUGCGAAAUUUUCUCAAAGAUGUCUCGUAUUUUGAAGCUAGCUCUUGUACCGGUUUUGAUACAAGUCGUCCUAUUUUCAGUCUCGAGGGUCUCUGCUGUGAGCGACCAUGUGUCAUAUGUGAUGAGCCAAGGUAAAUGUAAGGAGGUAACCGAGAGAGCCACUCGAGACUGUAGAUGGCCGGCAGGGUUGUAUCCCUUUGUGGACCAGCUUGUGAAGGGUGGGAGAAUCAUUGCCUACAAGAUCCGCUGGUUCAGCGGCAGCUGGUCAGGCUGGUAUGUUCCAGGUGUGAAUGACAUUGACGGAAAGUUUAACCCAUCCAGCCGAUCGUGUUCACUGCCAUACCUAAGGAACUCAAUGAGAAGAAUGUGGUCAUACUUCUACGACCACACACAUAAAUAUAUUAUCUGUACGCAUUAAAGGAAAUAUAUUUGUACAUAUCAUGUUUGUAUAAACUUUUAAUAAACUAAAUAUUUUGUUUGUGA